GUGGAGACACAGGAAGGCUUUCUCAGCACGGAUGACGACCAAAGGCCAGAGGGGCAGAGUUCGGGGGUCGCCGCCUUGGCAGCUCAGCAGGGCGGGUACGAGAUCCCAGCACGCCUGCGGACGCUGCACAACCUGGUGAUCCAGUACGCUUCUCAAGGGCGCUACGAGGUGGCCGUGCCGCUUUGCAAACAGGCCCUGGAGGACCUGGAGAAGAGCUCCGGGCACAGCCACCCGGACGUGGCCACGAUGCUCAAUAUCCUGGCCCUGGUCUACCGUGACCAGAACAAGUACAAGGAGGCCACAGAGCUGCUCAACGACGCCCUGGACAUUCGCCAGCAGGCGCUGGGCGUGGAGCACCCUUCCGUGGCUGCCACCCUGAACAACCUGGCUGUGCUGUAUGGUAAGCGAGGGAAGUACCAGGAGGCCGAGCCGCUGUGCAAGAGAGCCCUGGAGAUCCGAGAGAAG